AUGACACCUUUCGGUAAAGCACUGGUCGCAAUUGCGAUCGUUGGCCUCGCCCACGCCCAACAGCCGAUCGAUAAGAUCUUCUUCCCCGAGAAUGAUACGAUCCUAAAUUUUGCGAAUCGUGUUGGCGAGGGCGAUACCAGUGGCUUCCAGGCAGGCCAAGCAGAUCCACUGGACGCUAUUACGCCGACCGUGCGGCCCCAAACGCUACUGACGGCGCAAGGUGAACGAUGCACUUGCGUACCUUACUUCACCUGCCAACCGCAGCCCGAAUUUGCCGAGCAGAACAAGUUCAACGAGAUCAAUGUCAACUACAAUCCCGAAAGCUGCCAGGAUGUGCUGGAUGUUUGCUGCCGGGAUGUGGAUUCGUUGGUGGUACCGAUGAACAAUACGCCCGGUGAGCCGCCGGUCGGACGUCCCCGUGGUUGCGGGCUUCGCAACAUCGGUGGAAUCGAUUUCACGCUGACUGGCAACUUUAACAAUGAAGCCGGGUUUGGUGAGUUCCCGUGGACGGUGGCCAUCGUUAAGGUGCAGGAUGGAAGCAGCAGCUGUGGCGGUUCCCUGAUUCACCCGAACCUCGUCCUCACCGGUGCGCACUGUGUGCAGGGUUUCCGACAGGGUCAGCUGAAGGUACGGGCCGGCGAGUGGGACACGCAGACGACCAAGGAACGUUUGCCGUACCAGGAGCGAAUGGUGACGCGUGUCAACAGCCAUCCCGACUUUAAUCCACGCAGUCUUGCCAACGAUAUCGCCGUUCUCGAGCUUGAACAGCCUAUCCAGCUGGCGGAACACAUUAACGUGGUCUGUCUACCGCCAGUUAACUUCGAUACGCGUCGUACGGAUUGCUUCGCCAGCGGCUGGGGCAAACAUCAGUUUGGCAAGGCGGGCCGCUACAGUGUGAUCAUGAAGAAGGUACCACUGCCACUGGUACCUUCCUCGACCUGUGAACGGCAGCUGCAAGCAACGCGACUCACGUCACGCUUCCGGCUGCACCAAACAUUCAUCUGUGCUGGCGGUGAGCGUGGUGUCGAUACGUGCGAAGGCGAUGGUGGUGCACCGCUCGUGUGUCCGAUCGGUGCGGCCAGCGAAAACCGGUACGCACAGGUCGGCAGUGUUGCUUGGGGCAUUGGCUGUCACGAUGCCGUACCAGGGGUCUACACAAACAUCAUUCUCUUCCGUUCCUGGAUCGAUAACGUGGUACGGACGCUAGGUUUCGACACGACCGUGUACGAUGCAACGCAGUCUGUGUUUUCGAGCCUGUUCGCCUAA